AUGGAGGACAAGCACUACACCACCGUCCAGCUUACAGAUCUGUCUUCCCAACACGAGUCUGAGCAGGAUCUGGUCGCCAAUGAGAACACGCAAGAUGUGCUGCCAACGGGAUCCUGGCCGCAAGAGCCUGUACCCUUGGCGCCUGAGAAGACGGUAUCACUGAUGCAGAACGCGCUCGAUGCUGGGAUGGUCAUCUUGUCAUUACUCCUGAUAGCGAAGGUUGCUCUCGUGAUCUACGCAUGGAAGAAGGAUAGUAUAUGGAGUGGCGGUUAUAUCGAUUUGGUCAGCGGUCUGACAAGGUUUUUGAUUGAAUUUAACAGUCAGAUGGUUACAGCGUUCACUAUCGUCUUUGUGACUAUUAUCUCUACCUUGGUCAAACGCUAUGCCUUGUUUAAAGCAGAAAAAGGUGCUUACAUCUCGGACCUGGAGCAAUUGCAGGGUAGUGUCAGUCUACCGAGUACAUUCAAGCUCAUAUGGUCGCUACGAGCCUUCAGCACGCAGUCUGUUGCACUUGUCGGAAUCUGGUGUUUUUAUUAUCUCGGUUCGCAAGCAAGUCAAAGAGAGUACGCAUUGGUCACAUCCAAUAGCUACAAAAAGGUUCCUGUUGGUAUACCAGGUCCAGACUAUGUCUCCGGAUUCAGCUCAAGAUGGGUUCCAGCAAGCACCCACACUGGCUUGACAAUCUUUAAGCCUGACCAGAUCAAUCUCGUCUAUACAUAUGCAGACUUGGUCGAUUACGACUACAAUAGACCUGAAUCAUCUUACGGCACAGAUUCGAAUGGGCUUGCACUCCUACCUGAUUUGAAGUAUUUGCUCAAUCCCCCUUUGAACGUGGCUGUCGGAUGGAUCAAGCCUGGUGUGAACCGUCACGGCUGGGUAGAUGUGUCGAAACAAUCACAGACCCAGAUGCAGAAAGCUUACUCAGCCAUGGUCGGAAUACAGCCUUAUAUGUACGACAAGAACGCCCUUGAUUUUGCAUACAGUGGGAAGGUUGUAGGAAAGUACACGAUGCGAACCUCUUAUUUGGACGUUGGUUGUGAGGCGCCUCAGCUCCAUCGAUACACAGACUUUCCUCUUAAUGCAUCGUCAAAUUACCAAUCGAUCUUCAACAUGACUACAAGCAGUACUGCCACUGAUGCUAAUGGACAACUUCUUCGGCAAUUCUAUUUGUGGCAUCGGUCGAUGUCUCCAGCCACAGAGUACGCUUCGUACACUGAAUCUAGCAUGCAGUUGCUCUGCAAUGUCAGCAGCAUCAACGUCGAGGUGGAAAUCAGGUGCAAAGAUACUGGCUGCUUUCCUCACGCAAUGCGCUACUUCAACGGGACGAGCCUCGAAACUGCGACUUCAUAUAGCACGCCCUUUGACGACGAUUCGUUUGCCACGAACUUCUUCGGCAAUCUCACGGAGAUCGCUGCCCAUGACAAAACCAAUCAACUGAACCAAUAUUUCGAAGGCCUCAGCGUCGAUAACACUACGACCCAAGACGAUCUCAACACACAAUGGCCUGGAGCGAACUGGCAAGCUCCAUUUGAGCAAGUUCUCAAGAAGGCUUUCAAUACAUACUACAUUCUUGGGCAGAAUCACCUUUCCCGACAAAGCGCACCUGAUUUCUCAGUACUCACGGCAACGGGUAGUGACAAAGGUUACCUACUGACCAUCAUGAAAGGCGCAAUAUACAAUCCUCACUACGCCAUAUUCUGGCCCUGGAUUGCCAUGGAUUUUGUUUCCUGCCUCAUCCUGCUUGUGGCUGCGAUUCUCUCUACCUGGUUGCGUAUCAAUACAUUGGCUCCUGAUAUCUUCGGCUACGUAUCUAGCUUGACAAGAGACAACCCAAAUAUCGAUCUACCGAACAAUGGAACCACGCUGGGAGGCAUCGAAAGAGCGUUGAUGCUGAAACGGGUCAAGAUAAAGAUUGGAGAUGUAAGUGCACCAGCUGAGCCGAAUAGAGUUGGGCUUGCAAGAGUGGACUCUGAGGUUGGGAGAAGCCGUCGGCAUAUUGAAGAGCUUAAGAGUACUGCUGCUUAUGUAUAG